CCCCCAGUAGACUAGCGAAUAUACACAUUAUCAAGAGACUCAUGCAUGAGCGGUUUUAAUCUAAUGGAGUUUUUAUUAGUAUAAAAAAUUUAUUUUGAUUAACCGAGUGGCCAUCAUCAUCAUGUUACUGAGAACCACAUCUGCUCCAAUACUCAACUCAUGGCUACAACAACACUGCUCGAGAGAAUCGUCACCGGAGCCGGAGUCACUGCUCCAGCCCCGAAACAGAUCGUUGUCUCUUCUCGCUUCAAAGUCCAUAGAUGAACACACUGGGGAGAUGUUGCACCAAGCUUUCUCUGAGCACAGGGAAAGCGUUCUUAAAUCAAGUUACAACGACCAUGACAGCAGUAACGUAUUACCACGAAGGCAACGAAGGUCAUCGUUAGAUGAAAGUUCCCAUGGAACAGCCUACAACGGAAAGAUUUUGGAUCCGUCCUCGACCCUUUUAACGGAAAGACUGUUCUCGGGCUCUGGGCUGGGAGAGAAGGUCAGUGAUGAUGAAGAUCAUCUGGAGGCUCUUGUGAUUGGUGGUGCUGGUGGUAUGGGGAGCAGCGGCGUCAAGAUCUGUAACGGCGGAGAUGACAGUGGAAGCAGUGGAAGUGAGGACGCCACCGAUGUGUAUUACCGGGAGAUGAUCAACUUGACACCUGGAAAUUCGCUUCUGACCGGAAACUAUGCCAAGUUUUUGAAAGAGGUGAGAGGAGACAUGAAGAAAGCAGAAGAGUAUUGUGAAAGAGCAAUUUUGGGGAACACCAACGAUGGAAACGUUCUCUCGCUAUACGCCGAUCUCAUUUUGCAUAACCACGGCGAUCGUAAAAGAGCCCACUCCUAUUUCCAACAAGCUGCCAAAAUGUCCCCAGAAGAUUGCUACGUGCAAGCUUCAUACGCAAGGUUUUUGUGGGAUGUGGAGGAUGACGAAUAUGAAGAAGAAGAAGAAGAAGAAGAAGAAGAAGAAGAAGAAGAAGAAGAAGAAGAAGAAGAAAAAGAGCAAUUGAGUGAUGAAAUUGGCCACAUGCCUCCAACUACCAUCUUCCGUGAUUUUCCCAAGCACGCUCGUAUUUCCACGACAUCCUAAAUCACAUAUGUACACCUUCCUAUACAUACAUUAGUAUCUAAAUUCUAAAUAAACAAUAUAGUAUGUAUGCAUGUUUAAUACACAUAUGCAAAUGCAAUAUGCGUGUAUAAUAUUAAAAAGAAUGCGUGUGUAAUAUACAUGUAACGAAAAUUUUAUAUGGUUUGUAGUAUGUACACUCAAAAUAAAUAAAAAUGGCUAUUUCCUCUC